AUGGAGGACUCGCGCCCUCCUCCGCCGCCUAUCCCACCGUCUCCGACACUAUCGAACCCAGAUAUGAUCCUGCCUUUCGACCAAAAUGAACGCGAAUCCUCCACGCCGUCUCCCCCCUUCAACCUCCCGUCCUUGUCGCAUCUCCAAUCGUUCUACGAGAACCGAGCCGUUCCCAAUGACUACGGCGUAGAGGUGACAAGGAACAACGCGCAACCGGGUGGUGGCUGGCGACAGAAGACAUACCCCCGUCAUACCUGGUUACACGAAGGCCAUGACGCUGCUAGUCGUCGGCUGUCAGAUAUAGGAGAGGAAGAUACGUCAUCGCCGACAUAUCUAGGGGGAUUCGCGAAGAAUUCGCAUGUGCCACAUGCCGCGCGCAUCGCUGGAUCGCCCAAGUUGCAGCUCCCGGACCAUACAGAGGCAAGAGAGGCGGCGGAAUGGAGCAGCUCGUCAAGCUCCACCAUGAGCGCACCCAGCGAAUCGCCGAUGGACGGCAACACACACACGGAAUCCGGAGUCGCCGCGGAGGUCCACAACACAGAGAGCUUCCCGCUGCGGGAUACGGUGCGCGCCCUUCAGCAAGGUGUAAACGGGGACCCGUCGCGCCUGAGUGUCAUCUCGACGACGGAGGAAGGAGGCCCCGCGGACGAGCUAUCGUCGGUGAUUCUGAGCAGUGAGGCGGAGAGGAUCCUGGAAAAUGCGAAAAAGCGGCUCACGCUCAUGGAGGGUAAUCUGACCCGCGCUCGUUCGUCCAUGCGCAUGUCACCAUCACUUUCGGCGUCGCCAACGCCGUCCGUUGGAAACCAGUCGCUUGGGCUGGGACAGCCAGUCGGGGGCUUGUAUCAGUCGAUUUCUCGUGCGGACCGUAGGACGUCGGUGCUUCGUCCGCGCGCCACGUAUAAUUCGUCGCAGGACACGACCAACAACAGACACUCCCGGGUUUACAGCGAAACGCAUAUUCCGUCAUCUGACCAACCCAACUACACUGGUGUUUCGCGGUCUCUCAGUGCGCUGGGCUCGAGCAGCACCUCGAAUUUCAAUGGCGAUGACCGCUCCUUUCGCUACGAACCGACUCGAGCGUAUCUUACGCAUCGCGCAUCAGUAUCGUCUAUGAAUCGACCGCGCCGCAUGACUCCUUCGCCCUUGAAGGAGGAGGCCUCUGCUGAUGCGUCGCAGGGGCUAGGCAUAUCGACAGAAGACAAAGAGAAUAGAAUUUCUAAUAUCGACGACUUCAAUUCCACCUAUCCGCAACAAGACCCGCCAUCCCGCUCACAGUCGCAACUCCACGUGAGGGACUUGCAGGACCAGAUGAAGGGACUUCACAUCAAGAUCUCCAGUCUCAAAGUGAAAACACAAGAGGAUAACCUACGCCGCCGCAGCCUGCAAAGCCUACGGACCCCAAGCCCGUUCACAGCAGCUGAUCAGUAUUACACCAAUGGCUUGGAGCUGAAGGAAACCCGCAGCAACCCGAGUCCGAGCCUGCAACAAGGGCGUUUCACCGAGAACCGACAGGUUCGACAGGGCGGGAAUGGAUCAUCCAGGGCGGGUUCAAGCCUUCCUACUAGUUACGACGGGACUGAUGGUUCGACGUCGAAACGCGCCUCUGGGACAGGAUCCCAAGCCAUUGAACCGGCAAACAACGCUGACGACGAUGGACAGUCGGUUAUCGAAAGUCUCUACGAGGAUGCUGAGGAGGGUGACUACUAUACAGAUGAUUCGUCGGGUUCGGAAAUCGACCGCGAGGCUCUGAACGAGAUCUUACGCGAGCCGCUGGAUGAGGACUUGCAAGACCCGUUGGAUCAGUUCCCAGCGGUGCCCCAUGGCGCAGAUUCUACACCCCAUGAGGAACGGGAGGACGCGUUCGAUUAUGAACACUUCAUUCUUCAUAGCGCGUUGGGUAACUACACGCGGUCGAGGAUGCGCCGACCCAGUGACGCUUCGGAUACCUCUGUUGAGACAACCAGACCAAUCCAAAGCCGUCGGUCGGUGCGUCACUCACGAGCGAACAGCGGGGCGUCAUUGUCUACCGUGGCAACAUUCGCGACUGCAACUGAAGGGGGUCAUGAUGAUAUCGACAGUGUCCUCUACUGGGAUAGGAAAUUCAACGAUGAACUUCACCAUCGUUAUCCUGAUCCCGAGGAAGCACAACCCUCCAGCGGCAGUGAAUCGGAGAAUAUGGGAACACCACGGGCUCUCCGAAAGCAACCCAGCCGCAAGAGCGGAAUGAACAAUCGCGGCGAUGUGCAACCAGCCGUACAGCGAUCUGAAUCUGCGAUGACGGGCUCUGCCACUCCGACGUCUCUGGUCUCUUCCCUCGUCUCGACGGUGAGAGCGGCAUCUAGCCCCCAUCCCAAGUCCGCGGAAAACGGCAACAUGGGGAUCAACGACGACGACACUCGUCUUCUGGAACAGCUGUUUCAGAGCCUCGGAAAUGUGUGUAUGGACCUUCAGGCGAUCACGACCUCCCCGGAACCUGAUGCGAAGAAAGCGCGGCUGCUGCGACGGCGUUUGGACGCUGCGCGGCGUGUUCUCGACGGAGAGCUGGAUACUUAG